ACAGAGCACCAUCAGGGUAUUUUAUUUUUUCGAGCAAAGUGCAAAACACGGUACUUUUUCAAAAUCGUAAGUACCCCGGGUACUUUGCUUUUGCUUGUGGUACUUAAUAUUAAAAACACUGCUGAUAUCUACUAUGAUGAAGAGCACCAUGUUAGUUUUGGUAGACUUUUCAGUUAUUUAGGAUAUUGAAAGCUAAUAAAUCAAGGUUCUUAUGAUGAUGUGCUUUCCUAAUGUUGUACUUUUGGAUAGUUAAUCUUCGUAAAUGAAUGAUAGCAGAUUUCUUUUUUUUCUUGCUAUCUAUUUACUUAUUAUUGAUUUUCUUUACCGGAUAAAUCAGUUAUCAACAUUUUUUUACAGGUUCUUUUUAUUACAGUGCAUGUCGAAAGUUUUUCCUUCGUUUUGUAUUUUUUAGUUCUUAUCAUUAAAGCUUUUUAAUUUAUCAACUUUAUACAUGUAUAUAGAAAGAAAGCCCAGAGUGCGCUGCAUCUAAUGGCAUAUUUACAUUGAACAACAAAUACAGUUUGAAGUUUAAAAAGUGUAUUAGAAAAAGACGUGACAUUUUUUUUACUGCAAAAAUUGUGCAAAAUCUUAAAGUGUAUGAACAGUAACUAAUUUUUAGAAUAACUUUUGAUUGAAACAAGAUAUAGAUGUGUGGUUUUCAGUGUAAGGAAGAGGACAUAAAGAUCCAUCGAAUUCUAUACUUCGCAUGUCUUUGACAAGUUCUCUUAGGGUCUUUAGUGAACUUUUCUUCAAAAAUCGAGACUUCUACAGAGAAUAAUGUGAAGUUUUUUGCAAAAAUACGAAACAGUCGAGUUUUGAAGAAAAGUUCACUAAAGACUCUAAGAAAACUUGUCAGAGAUAUGCGCAGUAUAGAAUUCGAUGGAUCUUUAUGUCCUCUUUCUUACGCUGAAAACCGCAGAUCUAUAUCUUGUUUCAAUCAAAAGUUAUUCUAAAAAUUAGUUUCUCUUCAUACAUUUUAAGAUUUCAAUGAAUUUGUACAGAAAAAAAAAUGUCACGUCUUUUUCUAAUACUCCUUUUAAACUUCAAACUGUAUUUGUUGUUCAAUGUAAAUAUACCAUUAGAUGCAACGCAUUCUGGGCUUUCUUUCUUCUUAUAGAAAGUUAACAAAAUAAAAAGGUCUAAUGAUAAAAACUAAAAAAUACAAAACAAAAGGAAAAAAUUUUGAUAUGCAUUGUAUAUAAAACCUAAACGCCGUACAUUUUGCUUAUGAAAAUUAACGUAAAUGUACACUCUGCUAAUUAAAAACAGUGUGUACUAUACAUUUUACUUUAGAUUUCCAUUAGAAAUACUGGAUAGAUUAUUAUAAAGCAUGUAAUAUAUUCUUUUGCAGAUAUUUUAUCAUUUAAUACAUUUCUUACUCCAAAUAAACUGAAUCAUAUAACUGUUAUUUCAUAUAUAUAAUAUAGAAAUGGAUACACAAACUCAUUUAGAAGAUUUAUCAAACGAGAUUUUCUUCGAAAUAUUUGAUUAUUUACAUGCACUUGAUAUUUUUAUUGCAUUUGCUUCGUUGAAUAAACGAAUNUCAAUAAACCAAUUUCAUCAGUAUUACAAUUAAUUUCACUUCGUGUUAUUGUUUCAAUUAUUCAUUGUCGUAACCAAAUUGAUUUUCUUUCUUCUCAUCUAACUUUUCAUUCUCAUCAAGUUAUUUCAAUAAAAAUAAAUGAUACAAUUCGUGAUGAUACAUCUAUGAUUAGUUUAUUAUUUAAUCGACAUAAUUUUAUUAAUCUUCAAUAUUGUAUGAUUAUUACAGUUCAUCAAUCAACGAAACUUGAUAAUUUUAUUAAACAAAUAAAAACAUGUGAUAAACUUGUUUCAUUUAAUAUUUCUAAUCCAGAUCAUGAAAGUAUAAAUGAAAGUGAUAAAUGUGAAUUGGUUCGAACUAUGUUCAUGCACAAAUCAUCUUCUCUUCGUUCAAUUAUCCUUCAGUAUACUUAUGAUUAUUCCAAUAUUUUAAACAAUAUUUCACUAACUUCAAAUGUUACAUUAUUGUAUUUAUGUAUAGAUGAUUCACCUUCAAAUAUAUCUAUUCAUUCAAUUUUAUCAAUUCUUUGUCUUUGUCAAAGAGUACGUUAUAUAAGCAUACUAGUGAAAGAGAACAAUCUGGUUGAAUAUAAUAAUAUCUCUGUUCCAAUUACAAUAUCAUCUAUCAAUGAAAAUGAUCUUCCUGUAUUAUCACAAGUGAUCUCACUCGAAUUAAUACUUUUUGUUGCAUGGAAUAAUUAUUUAAUUGCUUAUAUAUUGCGAUGCAUGCCUAAUCUUAAGUAUUUCUUUUUUAUGUUUGGACCAUAUAUAUCAAAACACUUCGUUCCUAUUGAAUUGCUCGACGGUCAUUUAUGGCAAGAAAUAUUAGAACUUAAUGUUCCACAUUUAUCAAAAUUUGAAUUUCAUAUAUCAAUUUGGAAAUUGUAUCCACCAACCGAUUUGGAUAUUGUUAUUGAUUCAUUCAAAUAUUUUGUUGGAAAAUAUUCUAAUUGGCAUAUGAUUAUUGAUCAAUGGAAACUUCAGUCCUCAACUCCUGGUAAAUAA